AUCUAAACCGAGUUAAUUGAUUUGUAUUUUCCCUUAACUCAUUUCAAACCCCUGGCCAUGUCGAAGCUGCAUCAGAAAAAUGUGGAGCGUCAAUUGAUCGAGAUUGUCAACAGCAGAAAUAACGACAACAAAUGUGGAGACUGUGGGUCUUCUUAUCCAACCUGGGCCUCUUAUCAAUUGGGGAUCUUUUUGUGUGGAAGAUGUGCCUCCGUUCACAGGAGAGUAUUACCCAAGGAUAAAAAUGACGUAAAGUCGUUGACUUUGGAUAAUUGGACGUCCGAGCAAAUCGAUCGUUUAAGAAGAAUUGGUAAUAGAAAAGCCAGAAGUAAAUGGAAUGCUAAACGUGAACCUUUUCCAUAUGAUGAAGACGAUACUACCGAAAUUGAGCACUAUGUGCGCCAGAAGUAUGUCGAAGGCAAGUUCCUGGAUGGUUCUCACGGUGGUGGUUUUGGUGGUUUUGAUGAUUUUUCGGAUGAUGAUGAUAGAGGCACUAGUGCUGCUGCCUCUAAGCUGAGGCUGAGGCUGAGGCUGAGACUGAACUCAGUUAGAACGAUUCCAAGAUUAUCACAUCGGAAAUUGACUACAUUUGAGUCCAGUCAAUUCACCCGGCAAACACAGCUGAUCAUCUCGAUGGGUUUCAACGACAAGGACUUGGUCAAAGAAGCGUUGAUACUUAGUAACGGUGAUAUCGAUUUUGCCUUGGAUAUUUUGAACGAGGAUUCAAGAGUGAACCCCAACCAAGAAGAGCUUGCUCCGUCAUUACCUCGGCGACCAGCUGCUGGUUCUGGGGCUAUUUCUUCUGCGUCUGCUUCCUCUGCUGGGUCUUUCCUGGCAAACAAUCCAAUGGCAGGUAUCGCUCAAACCAAUGAUUGGUGGUCUGGUAAUGGCAGCAAGGUUGCCACCAGUCAAACAGGACAGCUCCAGGUGGGACAGCCUCAAAUAUAUCAGUACACGGAUCCGGUGACAGGUCAGAUUUCGUAUGUUGAUUCUAAUGGACAGGAGUAUUUGGAUCCAAAUAAUCCUCAACAUCAACAGCUCUUGUUACAACAACAGAAUCCUCAAUUGGUUGCUCAGCAGACGAACAAACAACAGAUAUUGUCGUUAUACAAUACUGGGGCUCAACAGGUUCAGCCUCAGCAAACUCAACAGCCUCAGCAAACUCAACAGCCUCAACAGCCCCAACAGCCUCAACAGCCUCAACAACAAAUGUAUAACCAAACAGGGGCAUUGGGUCAGCAAGGACUUGUACAGCAGCCAACAGCCAUGGGAUUCCAACAACCUUACUCCCAGCAGCAACCUUUUGCGCAACAGCAAAGCUAUGCUCAACCGCCACCAUCUCAACAAAACUACUGGCGGUAAACAGACACUCUGUAGGAACAUCAAUAAAAUAACGGCUUUAUUCG